UUUACCUUCUGUCUCCCGGAGCUAGUUGCCCGAGGACAGUCCUGCUCAGGCUGCCACGCGUCGCGCCUCCCCAGCCCGCGGCGGUGUCUCCGGCUCCCGCAACUUUGGGCGAAGCAGCCGGAGGCUCUAGGGUGCCCUCGCUGAGCCAUUCUCCGCACGGGCGUCUGGGGCUCCAGGAGCUUAGCUUCGCUAGGAAACGGGCGGUGUCGGAGAAAGCGCCUGGACGCAGCCGGGCGCCCCUCGGACCUGCGCGUCCGGGAGGCCGGCGGGGGUGCCCUGUGCGAAGCAGCAGGAAAGGGGGCGCCCUUUGCCAGCCUGGACCCAAGCGGGCGGGCACGCCCUGGGGGGAGACGGCCAGGAGAUGGCCGCGAGACAGGGGUGAGUCCCCCGCGUCCUCACCAUGCAGAAGAGCGUGCGCUACAACGAGGGGCACGCCCUCUACCUGGCCUUCCUGGCCCGCAAGGAGGGCACCAAGCGCGGCUUCCUGAGCAAGAAGGCAGCAGAGGCAAGCCGCUGGCACGAGAAGUGGUUCGCCCUCUACCAGAAUGUGCUCUUCUACUUCGAGGGCGAGCAGAGCAGCCGCCCGGCGGGCAUGUACCUCUUGGAGGGCUGCAGCUGCGAAAGGGCGCCCGCGCCGCCCAGGGCCGGGGCCGGGCCGGGCGGGGCCCGGGACGCGCUGGACAAGCAGUAUUACUUCACUGUCCUUUUUGGCCAUGAAGGUCAGAAACCACUGGAGCUGCGCUGUGAGGAGGAGCAGGAUGGUAAGGAGUGGAUGGAGGCCAUUCACCAAGCCAGUUAUGCAGACAUUUUGAUUGAGAGGGAAGUAUUGAUGCAGAAGUACAUUCAUCUCGUUCAGAUCGUAGAGACAGAAAAAAUUGCAGCUAACCAACUGCGACAUCAACUUGAAGAUCAAGAUACAGAAAUCGAAAGGCUUAAAUCAGAGAUUGUUGCUCUUAAUAAAACCAAGGAACGAAUGCGGCCUUACCAAAGCAAUCCAGAAGACGAGGAUCCAGACAUCAAGAAGAUUAAAAAGGUUCAGAGCUUCAUGCGAGGAUGGUUGUGUAGAAGGAAAUGGAAGACCAUCGUGCAGGAUUACAUUUGUUCUCCUCACGCUGAAAGUAUGAGGAAGAGAAACCAGAUUGUGUUCACCAUGGUGGAGGCCGAGUCGGAGUACGUGCACCAGCUCUACGUCCUGGUCAACGGCUUCCUCCGGCCCUUGCGAAUGGCUGCCAGCUCCAAGAAGCCCCCCAUCAGCCACGACGACGUCAGCAGUAUUUUUCUCAACAGUGAAACAAUCAUGUUUCUUCAUGAAAUAUUUCAUCAAGGACUGAAGGCGAGAAUAGCAAACUGGCCUACUUUAAUUUUAGCCGACCUGUUUGAUAUUUUGCUCCCCAUGCUGAACAUUUAUCAAGAAUUUGUGCGUAAUCACCAGUACAGCCUCCAAGUGCUUGCCAAUUGUAAGCAAAACAGAGAUUUUGACAAACUCUUAAAACAGUAUGAAGCCAACCCGGCCUGUGAAGGGAGGAUGCUAGAAACGUUCUUGACCUAUCCAAUGUUUCAGAUCCCCAGGUACAUCAUCACACUUCAUGAACUCCUAGCUCACACACCCCAUGAGCACGUGGAGAGGAAAAGUCUGGAGUUUGCUAAAUCAAAACUAGAGGAACUGUCCAGGGUGAUGCACGACGAAGUGAGUGACACUGAAAACAUAAGGAAAAACCUUGCCAUUGAAAGAAUGAUCGUAGAGGGCUGUGAUAUUUUGCUGGACACCAGCCAGACUUUCAUCCGCCAAGGUUCUCUUAUUCAAGUACCUUCUGUUGAGAAGGGGAAACUUAGUAAAGUUCGCCUGGGUUCAUUGUCUUUAAAAAAGGAAGGAGAAAGACAGUGCUUCUUAUUUACAAAACACUUCUUAAUUUGUACAAGGAGUUCAGGAGGAAAGCUGCAUCUGCUCAAGACAGGUGGGGUUCUCUCACUAAUAGAAUGCACCUUGAUUGAGGAGCCUGAUGCAAGCGAUGAUGACUCCAAAGGUUCCGGGCAAGUGUUUGGACACCUGGACUUUAAGAUAGCGGUGGAGCCUCCGGACGCUGCCCCUUUCACUGUGGUCUUGUUGGCGCCUUCACGGCAGGAGAAAGCUGCUUGGACAAGCGACAUAAGUCAAUGUGUGGACAAUAUACGGUGUAAUGGUUUAAUGACUAUAGUGUUUGAAGAGAAUUCCAAAGUUACUGUGCCACAUAUGAUUAAGUCUGAUGCCCGUCUUCAUAAAGAUGACACUGACAUUUGCUUCAGUAAAACACUCAACUCCUGCAAAGUGCCCCAGAUCCGCUAUGCCAGUGUGGAGCGCCUCUUGGAGCGUCUGACAGACUUGCGGUUUCUUAGCAUCGAUUUCCUCAACACCUUUCUGCACACCUACCGUAUUUUCACAACGGCAGAUAUGGUACUGGCGAAGCUUUCUGACAUAUACAAGAGGCCUUUCACCUCCAUCCCUGUCAGGUCACUGGAAUUGUUUUUUGCUACCAGCCAGAACAACAGAGGUGAACAUUUGGUGGAUGGCAAAUCCCCACGCUUGUGUCGCAAAUUCUCUUCCCCACCACCCCUAGCUGUGUCCAGAACGUCCUCCCCAGUGAGGGCCAGAAAGCUGUCGUUGACUUCUCCCUUGAACUCAAGGGUAGGAGCGUUGGACCUGACCACCGCCCCGGCGUCCAGCAGCCCCACCACCACCCACAGCCCUGCGGCGUCCCCACCGCCGCACCCCGGUAAAGUACCGUUGGAUCUUAGCAGAAGCCUUUCCUCUCCAGAGCAAAGCCCAGGAUCUGUAGAAGAGCAUUUAGAUAACCCCCGCGUGGAUCUGUGUAACAAGCUAAAACGAAGUAUUCAAAGAGCAGCAGUCCUGGAGUCUGCACCGGUGGACCGAGCAGGAGUGGAGAGUGCCCCUGCGGCGGACACCACAGAGCUCUCGCCUUGCAGGUCACCCUCAACGCCUCGGCACCUCCGCUAUCGCCAGCCUGGAGGACAGAUGGCUGACAGCCCCCACUGCCCUGUCUCACCUGCCUCUGCCUUUGCGAUUGCCACAGCUGCAGCCGGACACGGGAGCCCACCGGGAUUUAACAACACUGACAGAAUAUGCGACAAAGAGUUUAUUAUCCGUAGAACGGCCACCAAUCGAGUACUGAAUGUCCUCCGUCACUGGGUCUCAAAGCACGCACAGGAUUUCGAACUCAACAAUGAACUCAAGAUGAACGUCCUAAAUUUGCUAGAAGAAGUUUUGCGAGAUCCAGACCUUCUUCCACAGGAAAGGAAAGCCACAGCCAACAUCCUGAGAGCUCUUUCACAAGAUGAUCAAGAUGACAUUCACCUCAAAUUAGAAGAUAUAAUCCAACUGGCGGACUAUCCGAAGGCCGAGUGCUUUGAGACCUUGUCCGCCAUGGAGUUGGCUGAGCAGAUCACCCUCCUGGACCACAUCGUCUUCAGAAGCAUCCCCUACGAAGAGUUUCUUGGGCAGGGUUGGAUGAAGCCGGAUAAAAAUGAAAGAACACCUUACAUUAUGAAAACCAGCCAGCACUUCAAUGACAUGAGUAACCUGGUGGCCUCCCAGAUAAUGAAUUAUGCCGAUGUCAGCUCUCGUGCCAACGCGAUUGAGAAGUGGGUGGCGGUGGCGGACAUUUGCCGAUGCCUGCACAACUACAACGGCGUGCUGGAGAUCACCUCCGCCUUAAACAGAAGUGCCAUCUACAGGCUGAAGAAAACCUGGGCCAAGGUGUCCAAGCAGACAAAAGCUCUAAUGGACAAACUUCAGAAGACUGUUUCAUCUGAAGGAAGAUUUAAAAAUCUCAGAGAAACCCUUAAAAAUUGUAACCCUCCCGCUGUUCCUUAUCUGGGGAUGUACCUGACAGACCUGGCGUUUAUUGAAGAAGGAACACCAAACUUUACUGAGGAAGGCCUUGUCAAUUUCUCCAAAAUGAGAAUGAUAUCACACAUCGUCAGAGAGAUACGCCAGUUCCAGCAGACUUCCUAUCGAAUAGAGCAUCAGCCAAAGGUCACUCAGUACUUGCUUGACAAAGCCCUCAUCAUAGAUGAAGACACGCUAUAUGAGCUGUCGCUAAAAAUUGAACCUCGGCUCUCUGCUUGAAGAGCCGGCCUUGCCCUGAGUCUGGAAUUUUCGUGGAGCGGGGGACAGACAGAACUGUGCAUGCCAUGCCUCCCUCCCUCGUGCGGCGAAGACCGAGAGGAUGGAGACGAGGCCAGGCCUCCUUGGUCCCAGAAGAAGAGGAACCUGGCUGGAGUUCUGCUCCCAGCCAGGAAAGCUCAGCUGUUUGGGGUCAAAGACAGAGGCUUCAGACUUGAGUGGGAAGGUGAAAAGAAUGAUUUGGUACAGUUGAUGGCACAUUCUGCAUAAGGGAAUGUACGGUAGGAGAUUUGGUGGUCAUUGUGAUGACACAGGCAAGAGGGUCACUUUCAAUCUCUGCCCCAUGUUCUGUUCAAACUUGGGGGUGAGGGUUUAUGAGAAAGGCCUGUGAUGUUUCUCUGGCAUUUCACUGGUGUGGGUGCACCUCCCAGUCUUCUCCUAGGGUUUAACUGCUUCCAUUCCAUUUCCUUUGUUACCAGCUUCCAGAAAAGCCUAGGCUUCCUUUGCAGGGGUGGGCCGCCACACAAGCAAUUUCAGUCUGCAGCAUGUGCAUGGUUCAGUGCAUGGAGGAAUGACGGCAUGUUCUGAAACUGCUUUCCGGUCUUUAGGCAACAGGAGAGGAAAGAAUGAUGAAAGCCAAGUGGAUUUGUAUAUAACACUUCUUUAAUUAGAAACUCAGUAGUCUGUGCCCCAGAGGAUUCCAGCCGGUGGCUGCACGAAGUGGGGGGCUUCUUCUUGAGGCUGUGCCGGGAAGCCAAACCCUUGAGGGGCAGGUGCAGAGUUUGCGCCAAGGCGCCCACGCGCCUUGCCGACGAAACUGUGGAAUGAGACAGAAGGCCACAAAGUGCUGUGGGGCAGGCGGGUUUCAGUGCUGAGUGAAGAGGUGUCAUGCUGAGACGUCUCCGCACCUCGCUCUCUGUUUGCCUUCUCUUUACCCCUCACAACAAUGCGGGAAUCUCUUCCGAUGUUCGGGAAUCAUUUUAGGCUCAUUAUGAAGACGGGUUGUAUUUUUAGAAAGUUGUUUAGUGGGAAUUUCUUUGUAAAACCCACACUUCCACGUACUAUUGGCAGACAGUUCUUCCCCAACCGUCUUUGUUUUAAAAUUUUUAUAUUUUUUGAGUAAAAAUAUUGUAUGUGUAUGGGAAACAGGUCCAACCACUCACAGCUGUGAUGCCAGAAAACCAGCUGCCGGGGUUCGUCCUGCAACCCUGUGAGGGGAAAAUGACCUCGCUUUUCCCAGGAUUUUCAGUUGUUUGAAGAAAUAGGGCUCUCUCGUGUUUACUUCCUUCUUCUUUUCUCAGGGAGACCUUUGCUUUAAAAGAAGGAAGAGAAAAAAUAUGGUUCUUGUUACCUGAGCCUAUUGCACCUGACUUUUUCACUUAGAGGCAUGGAGUGUAUCGAUGUUGACAAUGAACAAAAUUGAUCUGUCUGGCUACUUUCCCUCUUUCUUUGCACUUUAAUUAUGUUGUUAGAGCUAACAGCUGGCUAACAAAUUCAUCCUGCUGGCUCCUAAGGCCCAGUGGGAGGGCCAGCAUAGAGCUGGAGAAUGUAUACAAUUUUCCUGCAUGGUAAGGGCCAUCUCUGUACAUAACUAUACAGUGAAGUAACAAGGAAGUAAAGAAAAUAUUUAUAAUAUUUGAAGACCAUUCCAAAAAUACUUUCAAUAGCUCAUAUUAGCCAACAGUGUAGCACUAAAAAACCCAAGGAGGGUUACUUAUGGUUGCUUUAUUUUUCUUUUUUUCUACUAAAAGUUGCCUGUUUAUUCUCUGUAGUUUCAGUUAAGAGGUUGAAGCAUCUUGACGCAUGACACAAAGCAUGGGUUCUUUGGUUCCUAACAAUGCACAGCUUGGGAUUUAUUUCUGUGUUCAGAAACUGAGGGCUUGAAUUAGUGUGUCAACUGAACCAAGCACCUCAAGGUCUUGUAGAAGAAAAUUAAGGUUAACUUUCUUGACUCAAAAUCAUAGUCUGAGAAGGUGAAUGAAAACCAGGACAAUCAGUGAAAGGACCAGACAAAGGAUUUUCAGGUGAAACAACGCGUGGAAAGAUCCAUACCUUCGAUUCUGCCUUGGAGUCCCCAAAGUCUUCCAGAGGGGAGAGGGUGGGUGUGCGCUUUCCCUGGAAGUUUGGACCCGUAUUUCUCAGACUCGUAUGUUUCAGACCCAUUGCAGCCAUUCUUAUGAAAGGAAAAAAAAAUGAGAUUGAGGAAUUUGUAAACGGUCCUCCGCUUUUGGUAUGUAGAUUUUCAAGUAGUGACAAAGCGGUUAUGUUUAUUUCUGCAGAAUGUUGGAAGCGCCCCCCAGUGGUCAACUAUGGGCACUAGCAAUCGCUGUGCAGACCGUUAGCGUUUUCCUGAGCUUUUCAAGUCCUUCCUGCUUUCUGGAGUCUCUUGGCUGGAGCUGUGAGAGAACUCCGCCACCGAAGGAGUUCCUUUUGAUGACCUGCACCAUUUCUGGGCCAGUGGGGAUAGGGACGCACAUUUAAAAAAGCUCAACUUGGUCACAUUUAAAAUCCCCGAGAGCAAUUUGUGAUGUUUCUUCCAAUUGUUAAAAGCACCCACCCUCUUCUGCUUUGCAAGCUUUGUGUGUAUUGUUGGAGCCUGCACUCCCGGCUGCAUUUUGCCUGUAUUCCAUUUUAUGAGACCCAUUUCUAAGAGUAGAUGGGAGGUCAGUUUCUAACAACCAAGUACCAAACACUUUUAUUAUUGCAAAUUUAAUCCAUAAAAUCAGAAGUAAAUCCAAGUUCAUGCUUACAGAGGAGGACCUACAUUUUGUAAUGUCAAUGAAAUUACCUUGAGCUUUUAGAGGAUGCCAUUGGUCAUUAACUAAGACAUCCAGGUUUGCUACUGGGACAAAUCUCUUCAUUAGGCCAGUAUAUUAUGUGACAGAUCCAGGCAUGAAGUAGAAUGUCGUCACUUUUCCGUAGCGUUUCUCUGAAGGAAUUUAAAGAGGGAAUUUUAAACUACUGUUGCAAUAGUUUCAAGUGGCUCUCACACAAAGUCCCAAUUACUGUUUGUGAAAUUUCAGUGCAUCUUAAAGUACUACCUAAAAACAAAUGAAACUCACAGAUACUGAUUGACUUGAAAGAGAAAAAUUGAUUACGUUCCAGUGCGGGGAGGGGGGGCUAUGUGAUGACGGACCACACCUCUUCUCCCGAGAUACUGUUUGAGACAAGACCUUGGAUCUGCAGAGCCUGGGCCACUUUUCAGUUCUUCACUAAAAAGAGAAAUGUAAUCAAAGGGGUUAGUCUCAAUAAAAUUAACUUUUAUUUUAAAAUAAAGGAUUUUAGUUCACUUUUCUUUUCAAAGUUUGAUUUUUCUUUCUGAAAAAAAUCUUUCCCUUCAUUUUAAAGUAUAAGAAUUUUUUUAAAAGUCCAACUGUAAAGUUUAUCAUUUUUACAACUAUUUAAAUGGGAUAAAAUAACUAUUAUUCAUGGCUAAGUAACAGAACCUGGUUAAUGUCUACAGCCAGAAGGAAUAAAUGAGUAAGAUAUUUCUUUUCACUAAGACAACAGAUUGUCAGUUUAAAUAAUGACUUGGUCACAGAUGCCACUAUGUGAAUCCUGGUAAUAAGACUUGAAUCAAUGAAAUCUAAUCGAGUGUCAUUUUUUUGGUUUCUGUUAGUGACUUAAAAUUAAGAGAUAGCAGAACCAAACAGAAAACAGAAAGUAGAAAAGAACCACUUUGUUGUGGGUAUAAAUACAUGAAGGAUUCAGAAAACUCUUCAUCUGGGCUUCCACACAGCAUGACAUUAACAUUAGGAUUGAUUGUGCUUAUCUCAAGAAAAAUAAUAGUUCUACUUAACAAUGCUGAGCCACUGUCUUUUACACAAUCCUUUUCAUUUUCCCCUAGAAAGGCAGUUAUGAAAGAGCGCUGGACUAGGCUUCCUAGCCCUAUGUCCCAGGCCCAGCUCUACCCCUACAAGCUGGGAACCCUUAGGCCAGCACCGACACCUCUCUGAGCCUCAGUUAUCUCGCCUGCAAAAUGGAGCUACUAGUAAUUUCUGUGCUGCCUACCUCACAGGGCUGUCAUGAGGACAAAAUGGGUUAGACUGUAAACUGUAAAGUGCUGUCCAAAUGUGAGAUAACAUGCUUACCAUCCCCGUCUCUCUUUUGCAGAAGAUUUAAAUGUAUUUCUUUGUUAUUUGUGUGCGUGUGCGUGCGUGUGAUGGAGAGACCCAUGUGCUGCUUUGAGAAGCAUAUUGUUUGUGUCCAGUUACUUUGGGAACCUGCUGACUUGUGAUUCCCGCGGAGGGAUUUGUGCUGCGGUAUAACACUUGCCACGCAAGGUAUGGGCUCUGCCUAUAUGCAAAUUAAACUUUGCCUUUCUUGAA